UAUAUACUAGUGAUUUUGAUAAGGUAAAUUAUUUUCUUAGGAAUUAAUUUAAUUGAGUUGAUUAGGAAAUAAAAUAUGAAGUUUGGCAAGAGAUUGAAGCAACAAAUUCAAGAGACAUUGCCGGAAUGGAGGGACAAGUUUGUGUCAUACAAGGAGUUGAAGAAGCUUGUACGUUUGAUCUCCACGACGACGAUGCCGCCCGGUGGUGAUAUGUUGCCGGAGUAUGGCAACCCUGAGUCUGAAUUUGUCCUGCUAUUGAAUUAUCAGAUUGAUAAAUUCAACACUUUUUUCAUGGAGAAGGAAGAAGAUUUUAUUAUUAGGCAUAAGGAAUUACAACAGAGGAUUCACAUAGUUCAAAAUACACGGGGGCCAAAAGGAAGUCAUCCUUCUGAAUUAUGUUACAAAGAAGAAUUAGGAAUGAUUAGAAAAGACAUAGUCAAUUUUCAUGGUGAAAUGGUGCUUCUUAUCAACUACAGCAACAUCAACUACACUGGGCUAGCUAAAAUCCUAAAGAAGUAUGACAAAAGAACAGGAAGUUUGUUGAGAUUGCCAUUCAUACAAAAGGUGCUUGAACAACCAUUCUUCACGACCGAUCUCAUAUCGAAGCUUAUCAAGGAGCUAGAGGCUACAAUAGAGGCAACGUUUCCUCGUGGAGUCGAUCACGAAGAACAUGUAGAAGAUACUAAGAGAAAGAGAGAAAAUAAUUAUGAGUUACUAGUUGUGGGUGAAGGCAUAUUUAGGAAUACAGUGGCUGCUUUACUAACUAUGCAAGAUAUAAGAAGAGGAAGCUCUACUAUUAGUCAUUUCUCUUUGCCUCCUCUUAAUUUGCCUAAGUUUGAGGUUGUACAAUCCAUGCUAUAACCUUAGCUACUUCAAAACCAAUUGUCUAAUUAAUUAUAUUUGUUUUGAUCUAGUAUAACCAUUUUUAAAUAUCAAAAUGGUUGUAUAACUUUAGGGUAGUAUGAAUUAAAUUGUCAUGAUUUAUAUGUUAAAGAUAAUUGCCAUGAGUAUUGAUGACAAUUUACCUUUCUACUAA